AUGUUAAAUUCAUAUACUAUUGCUUUCAUUUUGGUGUUUUCAUCGUUUAUUGUGAUAUUAAAUGCAAGUGCUGGUGAUGUUGAUCCACAUUACAGGAGUUGUGUAAAACAAUGUGAGGAAACGGGAUGCUUUAAGGAUAGAUGCUUUCCAAAUUGUAAAUUCUCUUCAGAUGAAGUCACAAUUCAUCAUCCAUGGGGCAUGUUAGAGCCACUUUAUGUACAUUGGAAAAAAGGAGAUUGCCAAAAUGAUUGUCAAUACUAUUGCAUGUUUGAUAGAGAGAAAGAAAGGGAGUUACUUAAUAAAGGUCCAGAAAAAUACCAUAGUAAAUGGCCAUUUAAGCGUACCUAUGGGAUACAGGAACCUGCUUCUAUGGCUUUCUCUGCCCUUAAUCUUGCAUUGCAUUUUCAUGGUUGGAUGUCCUUUUUCACUCUUUUAUACAAUAAACUUCCUCUAAAGGCAAGUAAAAGGCCUUACUAUGAAUAUGCUAGUUUGUGGCAUGUAUAUGGACUUUUGUCAUUGAACUCCUGGUUUUGGAGCACUAUUUUUCAUAGUCGAUAUUGUGAGUUAAUAGAGAGACUUGACAACUUUUCUACAGUAGCCCUCCUUGGGUAUUCCUUCAUUAUGGCUAUAUUACGAAGCUUCAAUGUAAAAGAUGAAGCUACUAGAGUUAUGAUUCCUGCUCCAUUGAUAUCUUUUGUGAUCACUCAUAUAAUGUACCUCAACUCCUUUAAACUAGACCAUGAAUGGAAUAUGAAAGUUUGUGUACUAAUGACUAUAGCACAACUUGCAACAUGGGCAAUUUGGAGUGGUGUUAGUCACCAUCCCUCACGGUGGAAGCUUCGGUUUGUUGUUUUUAUUAGUGGCCUUGCAAUGUCUCUAAAGACAUAUGAUUUCCCUCCAUACAAAGGACUUCUAGAUGCACAAGCUCUUAGGAAUGCCAUUACUAUUCCACUUACCUACCUUUGGUGGAGUUUCAUUAGGGAUGAUGCUGCAUUUCUAACAUCUAAUCGUUUAAAGAAUCCUAUGAAAUCUAAGUAG